AUGUACAUACUAUUGUUAGCCUUAGUGUCCUUUCAAGUUUGUUGGGGGUUUACCGGGCGCGGACUCUUUUAUCCCGGUAGAGCAGACCUGUUCGAGUUAUCGAUAAUUCAUUUAAAUGACUUUCACGCCAGAUUCGAACAAACUAGCCCAUAUUCUGGAACCUGCCGAGAGGGUCAGGAAAAGAAUUGCGUAGGAGGUAUAGCUAGAGUCUACACGGCAGUUAAUCAGCUUGUGAAAGAACGACCAAAUGCAAUUUUCCUGAAUGCUGGCGAUCAUUUUCAAGGGACUCUUUGGUAUAAUAUUCAUCGUUGGAACGUCACUGCAUUGUUUAUGAAUAUGUUACCACACGAUGCUAUGACGAUUGGUAAUCAUGAAUUCGACAAUAAAAUCGAAGGUGUUGUUCCUUUUCUUAAAAAUGUCAAUGCGCCAGUUGUAGUAACAAAUAUCGAUGACAGCGAGGAGCCAACUAUACAGGGUUUAUAUAAGAACAGCACAAUUAUUGAAAGAAACGGUACCAAGAUCGGUGUUAUUGGCGUCAUUAUAUCGACUACAAAUUUACUCUCGAACACAGAAAAAUUGAAGUUUUUGGAUGAAGUAGAGACAGUCAACGACGAAGCUAAGCGACUGAAAGAAAAAGGAGUAAACAUUAUUAUAGUUUUAAGUCACUGUGGAUUGAAUAUAGACAGAAUCAUGGCUGCGAAAUGUUCUUUGAUUGAUGUAAUCGUCGGUGGUCAUUCACACACGUUUCUUUAUAGUGGACCUCCGCCUUUUAUCGAUACACCCGUCGAUGAAUAUCCCGUAGUUGUAACGCAGAAUGAAACAAAUAGAACGGUCCUUAUCGUUCAAGCAGCUGCUUAUACAAAAUAUUUAGGUAAUCUGACAGUGUGGUUCGAUGACCAAGGUGAGGUCGUUGAUUGGGAUGGAAAUCCACUUCUUCUGGAUCAAUCCAUCGAAGAAGAUCCAGGAAUCUUGGAAGCUUUGAAGCCUUGGAAGGAGGUAGUGGAUGAAAUAGCUUCAAAAAAGAUCGGCAUAACGAAAGUCCUACUUCAACAUAAUUGUCGUAAUAGUGAAUGCAACAUGGGAAAUCUUAUAACCGACGCCAUGGUGAAUGCGGUUGUCGACGAUGCAGAAAAUAAGACUCAUUGGACGUAUGCAGCAGUGGCUUGCAUGAAUCCAGGAGGAAUUCGUAGUUCCCUUGAGGAGUCUAAUAUUACCUACGGAGAUCUGAUAGUGGUUUUGCCUUUUGAAAACACUUGGGAUACUAUUGAACUGACUGGAGACUCUAUUAGAAAAAUUCUAGAAAUGGAAAACACGCUGGUCUGGUCCGGACUAAAAAUUACUUACAACAAAGUAAAUGAAACGCGAUCUCUGGUUGAUGUUAAAAUUAGAUGCCAGGCUUGUGAAUAUCCGGUAUUCGAAGACUUAGUGGACGAUCAGUGGUACAGAAUGGUGAUACCAAAUUUUUUGAUGAAUGGCGGAGACAAUUUUAACAUUUUUAAAAAUAAAAGUCGUAAUUACAAAGUCGGAACAGUCGAUAUAGAUCACUUUAUAAAAUAUGUAACGAAGAUGAGUCCUAUAUUUAUUGGAACUCAAAGACGAAUUAACAUUCUAGAGUAG